GAAUUGCACCUUUAAACCCCCCCUUUGUGCCCUUCUCUCCAUUGCCCUUCAAUCCCAAGAUUUUGCAUCUUCCUUCGGGCGGCCUACAAAGCCGCAUUCCCGAGACCCGAGUGACGACCGUCGCGUAUAUCUAUAUCCAUAUCUAUAUUCCGAGACUUGUUGGAGUGUCUGUCUUGGAAAAUGUCAUACCUCUCACCAAAAGGUGCAAUCGGGGUGCAUGAAGGCCCGGUGGAGACGGCCAUUGCUGUUGACACGGACAAGAACAGCCAAUCAGCUAUGAAAUGGGCAGUGGAAAAUCUCCUCAAGAAGAAUCCUAAUUGUGUCCUUAUCCAUGUCAUGACCCAGAGCAUGCGUCCAAAUGAAGCUGAUUUUGUCCCGAAAGAGGGCCGCCCGCCAACUGAAGCUGAACUCAAGCAGUUCUUCCUCCCGUUCCGAGGAUAUUGUGCUCGAAAAGGGAUUUUUGCCAAGGAAAUGAUCCUGCACGACAUCGAUAUUCCGAGCGCGCUCGUGGAUUAUGUCAUCACCCACUCCAUCAGCCAUCUCGUCAUUGGCCAUUCCAGCCGAAAUUCGCUCUUGAGGAAAUUCUCAGCUUCCGACGUGGGAAAGAUCUUACUUAAAUCUGCGCCCGAUUCUUGUUCUGUAUACAUUGUGGCAAAAGAUAAACUCCAAGCAGUUCGACAUGCGAAGACAGCAUCUCAAUCCACCUGUUCUGCUGUGUCUACACCAAAUUCAAGUUCGAGUGACCCAACCAACACUUUACUGUUAGGAGUUCCACGCUCACCUGUUCAAACAGUCGUACCUGACACAUAUGAUGUUACUAGAAGCUCAUCUAGCAUUGGAAGUUGGAUAAGCAUGGGCUCAGAUAGUUUGUGCUCAGGGAAAAGCAGUGAUUCAAUGCCGCUUGGCUCGUACAACUGGCAGAACACUGGUUUGCCCAUGGCCAUGAGGCCAACGGAGUCAUACAUUUCGAAGAGCUCGCAUUCCAGUUCCUCGGAGCUCAGUGAUUUUUCACUCUCACUCAGCUUCCAGUCGAGUGAUAUGUCCUUUGGAACUUCUUCUUCGUCGGGGCAUUCCUGUGCCUUCCUUUCCUCACAAGUCUCGGGCAACAUGGAAGCUGAAAUGGCAAAAUUGCAGCUCGAAUUUAAAGAGUCCUUAUCGGUCUACAAUACGGCCUGUCAAGAUGCUGCAACUGCAGCACAGAAGGCAAGUGAUGUUCAACGGAUGAAGAUGUCACAACUUCGAAGCUCGGAGGAAGGCAGGCCUCCUAAAGAGAAUAUGUGGUCUACUUCGACAGAUAUCGAGAUGAUGAAGAAGAGGAACAGCCUCAUGGGAAAUGAGAUGGUUCCUAAAGCAGGACAUGAAAUCGAUGGCGACCGGAGAUACAGUGCACCAGCAUACAACAAGAACAGUGAAUUGCAACGGAAAAAGCAAGGACCAGGGCCUUCGCCGAGGAUCAAUGUUUGUUAUCGAAGGUACACAGUUGAUCAGAUCGAAGAGGCCACAGAUCAUUUCUCGAGUUCCCAGAAGAUCGGCGAAGGAGGGUAUGGCCCAGUCUAUAAGGGCACUCUAGAUCACACGCCGGUCGCUAUCAAGGCCCUGAGAGCCAAUGUAUCGCAGGGUAUUAAACAGUUCCACCAAGAGAUUGAGGUGCUAAGUUGCAUGCGGCACCCUAACAUGGUAAUACUUGUUGGGGCCUGCCCCGAAUACGGGUGCCUCGUAUACGAGUACUUGGACAAUGGAAACCUGGAGGACAGGCUUUUUUGUAAGGACGGGACACCACCGAUCCCCUGGCAGACCCGCUUCAAGAUUGCCGCAGAGAUCGCCACGUGCCUUGCCUUCCUGCAUCAUACCAAGCCCGAACCCAUGGUCCACCGGGACAUCAAGCCCUCCAACAUCCUCCUGGACCGGAACUACGUGAGCAAGAUCAGUGAUGUUGGCCUAGCCCGACUUGUCCCCGGGGCCAUGGCCAACACAAUGACUCAGUACCACAUGACAGCAGCGGCAGGAACCUUCUGCUACAUCGACCCUGAGUACCAGCAAACAGGAAUGCUAGGUGUGAAGUCCGACGUAUACUCGCUUGGGGUGUUGCUGCUGCAGAUCAUCACAGCUAAGUCCCCGAUGGGGCUGGCCAUGCAAGUCGAGGAUGCUAUUGAGGGUGGCACAUUUCCGAUGAUCCUCGACCAGACGAUCACGGACUGGCCUCUCGAAGAGACCCUGUCCCUGGCCAAGCUCGCAUUAAAAUGUUGCGAGCUCCGGAAGAGGGAUAGGCCUGAUCUUGCCUCAGAUAUACUACCCGAGCUCGUCAGGCUCAACAACCUCGGACUAGAGAAUGGCACAGGAAAAAUGGUGAAUGCCACUGCAGCAUUGCAGAAGCAGCAGCCCGAGGAGAUAGAAAUUGGAUCACCGCCAAGUCGGAUCAAUGUGAGAAGAAGAAGGUGGCAUCAGCGGUUUAAGUCAACAGCCAGUGGCUGGAACCUGAAGCGUAGCUUUAAGAAACCACGAGUUCACUCCACGGCUAACCGGAAACAACCGCCUGAGAAACCAGACCAGGUUGUCAUCGAAGGAUGUUGGUCAUUUGUAAGCUGUUCCAAACCGGCCCCCCAGCUGAGUAAGUUCAAGUCCUUCUCGUAAAGGACGCACAGGACACAAAUAAGUGUUUCAGGGCCGUUAUUUGCAGGCAUUUCCUUUUUCUUGUACUUACUGUAACUUUCUUCCUUGAUCUUGGAACA